AUGCCGCAAUGGGACAGCCCCGCGGCCGCUAGUAGCGUGCGCCUCUUGGGAGGCGCCCCGCAAGACGACACACUACGCGCAGCUCUUCUGGUGUACGCGUCUAAUAAUUGCCCCACCCAAUGCGGAGGCACUGCGCGAAAGCUAACAUGGUUGUUAGAAGCACUCUAUGCAACGUCUGGAGAUCAGAGCGGUGGCUCUGAGCUACACCAGUCUCGCAGCUACCUCGCGGACGCGACUGCGCUCAAGAGAAACCGUUAUUGUGCGUCGAACACCGCGUACGGGUGUUCCGCUUUCCUGCUCGAUUUGUGCUCCGGUACGCUGCUGGGCGGCGACUCUGACGCAGCCAGGCUUCCUAGUAAUGCUCAGAGCUCGCCAGACCCGUUCGGCAGAGAGUGA